UCUUGUUGACAAUUGGUAUUCAUUUUGCUGUUGUAGUUGCAACUUUGUCGUUGCUGGUUUAAACUGAUAACGCAUUCCUGGGGAUAAACCCACGCGGGGACCUCAUGGGUGGAAUCAUCAUACAUUUCUGCGCCCCGUCUGAACCAUGCUGAAGUGGUUUUCCAAUGAGGAGGGAGAGUCUGCCUCAGGAGCCCCAGGCUCUCCCCAAGGAGGCAGUCGAAGUGGAGAGGUUGACGUUGCAGAAAUGACAGACAGACUGGUCCAAACUGAGCAGCUUGUCACUCAGCUGAAAGAGCUGAUUCGGGAGAAGGAUACAGCACUUGGGACGAAGGAUGAACAGCUCAAGAUGGAGAAGGAGAUGUGUGAGGCAAAACUGUCAAAGCUGCGUCUCCAAAACAAGGCCAAGGUGACCUCUCUCACCACACAGCUUGAAGAACUGAAGAAACAAAUGGGAGGCCAGGACACGCCAACACACAACAAGAAGGAUCCAUCAGAAGGAGGAGAGCAAGCAACUCGGGGGAAAAUUGUCUUGCUGAAGAAGAAGGUCAAGGAGCUAGAACAGCACCUUGCACAGAGUGAGAAGGAGAUUGUAAACAAGAGGACAGAGGUUGAAGCACAACGCCUUCGAGGAGAAGAAAUGGAUGUUAUGCUGACAGAGAAGGACAGGAAGCUGGCAGAGAAGGAGGCAUACAUUAUUCACUUGCAAACAGCAAUGGCAGGAGAUCAGUCCUUCACAUCAACGCAGCAACAGAUAGAUGAAAAACAUCAAGCAAAGCAGGAGCUUCAGCAGCUGGUGCAAAGCCUGACCAAGAAAGUUGGAGAAGCAGAGGAACGCUAUAGUUUGCUCCAGGAGCAGACAGACAGCCUGAAGGAGCUUCUGCACACAGAGAAAGACCAGUACAGUCAGAAAGAGAGAAUGUACAAACAGAAUAUCCAAACCUUCAAAGAGAUAAUUCUCCAGAAAGAUAGUCAGCUGAUUGAAAUAAAUCAGAUGCAUGAACAGGAGCUCUUCAAACUAGCUGCAAAGUCUGAUGCCAGUGCUGAUCUUGAGCAGCUUUUGAAGGCUUUAAAACAGAAACUUCAUGAGAAGGAAGAGGUGCUGCUUGGUAAAACGCAGGUCAUUGAUGUUCUUCAGAAAGAGGUGGACGGCAGGGACCAGCAGAUAAAGGAGCUAACAGAGCGGAUGCGGAGACUACACAUUGAACGAGAGAGCCUUGAAUCUAAAAUGGAGGCAGAAAAGCAUGUGAUGCGAGCCCAACUCCGUGACCUGAUAGAAAAGCAGCAGCUAGAGGUUCGGCAAAUGACAGAGAAGCAUGAGGCACAGUUGACUCAAGCCCAACAGGAUGUCCUGGGUCAGCUAGAACAGCUGAGAACGAGUUCAGUAGCACCGCUAUCUAUCAGUCAGGAGGCCCCAAGUACUGAAGCGAUAUCUGGUGAUUCAGCCUUUGUCCAGAGGAUAGCAGAAUUGGAAGCCCAAGCAAAGCAAAAAAUGGAUGAAGCCAUCAGAUCAGAGGCCAAGUUCCUGAAAAUAAAAGCCUGGUCUAAAUCUCGAAUCAGACAGCUGGAGGAGGAACUGAAAAAAAGUCAGUCUGGCGUUGCCCCUCCUGAGCUGACUGCCCUGCAAAGUCGGAUUACGGAACUUGAAGUGGAACGAGAGGAAAACCUUUGGAAAGUGGAACAGUAUGAGGAGCUCAAAGCAAACAAUGACAUGUUGGAGGCUAAACUGGUGGUAUACGAGGAGCAACAGAGGGCCCUGCAAGCAGACCUGGAACAGUUUACAAAGAGAGCUGCCUCUCAGGCAAGUGAGUCUGGAAGUGCUGAUGAUGCUCAAAGCCAGGUCUUGGAGUGGCAGGAGAUGGUAGAUGAGGCAGUCAGUGCCAGGGAUCAGGCCAGGGAAGAGAAGGCGGUCAUGGUCCUACGCAUUAGCCACAUGGAGGAUGAAAGAGAGGCUCUGGCCACUCGGCAGCAGGAGUUGGAGGAGGAGCUGGCUCAAGCUCAGGGGCUCAGCCAACACAGGACCAAGAAGCUGGCUGUACCAGCCCAAAGAAGCCUGCAGGAGGAUUUUGAGUUUGAUGGAAAAGCCCCGUUCGAGGACUACCAAAGCACAUCGGAGAGCACAACUCCAAUGGAAGGAGAAAACAUGGGAGGUUGGUGGCCUGAGUACAGUACUCCCGACACAGACGGUUUGCGAUCUGUCGUGGAGGAACUGGAGCUGGAAAGAAAUCAAUUGCAAGAGCAGAUAAUGAGCCUUGAAGAGCGCUGUCAAGAUCUAGAAGAUCGUCUGCAGCUGCAGGCACGCAUCGAGACCUUACAGAAUGAGUCCGAUAAAUUACAGCUCCAGCUUGCCAGUGUGCGUAGUCAACAGAGCAGGGAAGCAGAAAAACAUCAGCUGCUGGUUAGCAGUCUCAAUGAACAACUUAAGGGGCUCAGUGACACACAAGAAUGUCUGGAAAGCUCACUCAUUGAGAAGGAGAGCACGUUAGCCAAGACAUCAGAAAAACUUCAGCUCAUUAACAGCCUAAAAGAAUCCUUGAGUGAAAAAGAGAUUCAGUACAAAGAGAUAUCUGACAACCUCCUUUGGACUGAGCAAACUCUUGAGAAUGUUUCCAACAAAAGCAGUAUCUCAGAGAAACACUGCUCUGAAUUAAAAGCAGAAGUCACGGACCUCACACAGAGGCUGAGUGGGCUGAGAGACAAGACUCAGAAGCAGGACAUCACCAUAGACACAUUACAAACUGAGCUUGACCAAACGAAUGAGGAACUAGACAAAUUAAACACAUCCCACCUGGAAGAAAGAGCCCAACUCAUUCAUGAUCUUCAACGUUGCGAGCGGGAGAUUGAUAGUCUGAAAGAUAUUCUGUUGGAAAAAGACAAAGCACUCAAUGGCAACAUGUUGGAGUAUACAGAACAGGUUACAGUUCUCAAACAAGAGCUUCGACUCAAAGAAGAAAACUUAGUUCAAGUAGAAAAUGCACUGACAAAGGCAGAUCGAGAGGCCAAAAUUAUUAGAGACUCACAAACUGCAGAUCAGCAAGACCUUAAUAGUAAAAUCGCAGAGCUUGUUGGGAAUCUGAAGGAUGUUGAGAUGGAGUUAGACAAGGCCAAAGAAGAAAGCAAGUCUAAAGUAGCUGAGAUGGACCACCUAAUAAAACAGGCCAAAGAGUAUAAAAAAACUAUUCAGGACCUCCAAAGAGAGUCUGAGAAACAGAUUAUGAGCCAUCAUACUAAACUUUCUGAAUGUGAAACACUCAUCUCUUCGCUAAAGGAACAGCUGACCUUAUCUAUCCAAAGGCAACAAGAGUGCAAUGAACUCAUUUUGCAGCUCAAGGAAAUAAAUAGUAACAAUGAGAAAAUGACUUUAAAAAAGGAAGAGAAAUAUGAAAAUGAACUGAAAACUUUGAAGGAUGAAAAGAACAAAUUCCGAUCCCAAGUGGAAAAAUACAAUCAUGACAUUGAGUUGUUGUCCAAAGAAUUAAAGGAACGAGCACAAAGUGAGGACGAUGUUAAACAAGAGAUGGAUAAAUGCGUGGAAAUCAUAGGAUCACUGGAAAACCAACUGAAGGCAAAUGAUAAUCAGGCAGCGAAUGAGAGACAGAGCUAUAAUGCUGAAUUGCAAGUCAGGGAAUCUGAAAAUCAGAAAUUGUGCAAAGAACUUGAUGACAAAAUUGAAAACCUCUCCAAAAUGAAGGAUUGGUUAAAACACACGGAGACUGAGAAACAGCUGUUGCAAGAAAAGUUUAUAGAGCUCACCGAAAACCUUGAACUACAGAAUCUGAAUGGAAAGCAGCUUAAUGAAAAUGUUACAUCUGCUCUUGAACUUAACAACAGUCUAAAGAGGCAAAUCAAAAACUUAACUAAGGAAAACAAAAGACUUGAAAUGGAAGUCACUGAAAGAGUAAAGAUCAUUUCAGAAGUCAAAGUUGAAAGUAAUUCUUUACAUGCAAAAUUAUCCACAUUAGAAUCACAACAUUCACAAAACAACAGUAUCAUUUGUGAAUUAAAAAAAAAUAAUGAAGACUUAAUUUUACAACUUAAUGAUUUAAACAGAGUUCUUGAGCAAAGCACACUCUCAAACAAUGAGGUUGUUCUGGCCAAAACGAAUGAAUGUGGAAAUCUCAACCAGUUACUCAGGGAGAAGGAGGACUCUAUCACGCAACUGCAAGGGCAAUUACAGAGCUACAUUUCUAAGGUAGAUGAGUUGCACCUUAUUUUAGUGAAAAAACAGCAGGUUUCCUCUGAUCUUCAAGCAGAAUUAGAGGCGCAAAGAAAUGAACAAAUGCAGCUUAAAGAAACUUUAUCUCUUCUUCAAGAACAGGACUGCAGUCUGAAGUCUGGGUUGUUGGAGAAGGAUACAGCUUUGAAUGAAAAACAGGAAAAGUGUCAUAGUUUGCAAAAUGAAAUUAUUUCCCUUAAGAAUUCUGUAUCUAAGCUCCAAGUAGACAUUGAAUCACUUAAUUCAGAACUCUCAAAAGGUUGCAAGGAUCUCAAAGAAAGAGAAAUGAUGAUGAAAAAUAUGGCACAACAGUGCCAAAAACACAAAGAUGACCUUGAUGAUGUAAACCAGACUGUGAAAGCUCUAAAAAAUGAAAUCAAUAAACUGGAAGAAAAGUCCAGAAAAAACAAUUCAGAAGCAGACUCCAGGGAAACAGAGUUGAGGACCCUUAAAAGUGACAUGCAUACAAUCGCGGAAGAAAACAAACAACUUCAUACAAUUUUGAAAUCCAGAGAAAAUGAGUUUAAUGAGAAAACAGAUAUUGUUUCAAACCUAGACAGACAGCUCAAAGUCACUCUUGGGCAAAACUCCAGUUUUAGCACGAAGAUAACCAGUCUAACAGAAGAUAAUGAACGACUACAAAAAGAGUUGGCACAGAACAUUUCAUUGUCUUUUAAAUUAAACAUUGAGAUUAGUCUGCUCCAAGAACAGAAACAUGAACUUGAGGUACAAAUCUCAAAUGAUAAGAAGAUGAUUAAUGAUCUUCUAAAUGAGAAAACUGAGCUUAUUGGUUCAGUUAAUUAUGCAAAGCAGGCCCUCCAGGAAAAGGAAAUGUCUGACAAAGAAUGCUUGCUUGAGAAAACAAAUGAAUGUACUACUCUUUCAAAAAUACUGAGUGAACGACAACAACAGCUUCAAAAAUUACAAGAGGAAGUUAAUGACUUAAACAUUCAAGUUAGUCAGCUACACCGCUCAUUGCUUAAGAAAGAGGAAAUUUUGUUAGAAAAGAAUUAUCUCUUUGAUGCCCAGCAGACCCAACAAAUGGAAUUGCAGCACACAAUAGCUAUGUUUCAAGAACAGGGAUCUGUCCUCAAGACAGGUCUAAGGGAGAAGGACACAAUGUUUCAACAGAAGUCAGAUGAAUGUAUUGUUCAUCAGAAUGAAGUCAUGCUGCAGAAGGACCUUGUGUCGCAGAUGCAGUGUGAGGUUGAGUUAGUCAGGCAAGAAUGCUUAGCGACAAAGCAACAAUUAGAACAAAAGGAACACAUGUUAAAAGAUAUGACAAGUGAUUUUGAAAACCAAAAAGAAGAGCUAAAUAAACAGAAUGAAUCCAUUAUUAAACUUGAGAGUCAGCUUCUAGCCAUGAAAGAGAGUGUAGUAGAGAUGGAGCUUAAAAUUACCAACCUAAAGGGUUCUAUAGAGAUGCUCACUUUAGAAAAUUGUCAGCUAACACAAGAGAAGAAUCUAAUGAACGCUAGGGCAAUUGAUUUACAAGAUUCCAAUCAAGCACUGAAUGAUCAGAAUACAAGAUUGAAAUCUGAUCUUGAGAAAUCUUUAUUAGAACUUUCCAAAGCACACGAAGAACUUGCACAUCUAAAAACAGCAGUUAAUGUUAGUGAACUCCAACUCAAAACUGCACAGUCGGAGAUGGAAUACCUUAAUUUGACCCUCCAAGGAAAAGAUGACUCCCUGAAACAACUUGAUAGGAGGAUUUUGGAGCAGGAGGAGCAGCUGAAAUGUAAAGAUAAUGAAACGUUUAGUUUAAGGGUUCAAGUUACAGAGUUUGGAGAGACUGUCUGCAAACUGAGGGAUCGAGUCCAAAGUCUUACUUCAGAGUCAACGACAUUAAAAAGUAAAUUGGAGAGAAAAGAGCAGUUUAUUCUUGAAGAUCAAAGAAAUGUCUCACUUGUAAAUGAAAAUUUAAGUAUUAAUCUUCAGGACAAAGAAAAAGAGUGUGAGAUCUUAAAAGAACAGAUUUUACACCUUGAAGAAGAUGCUUUUAAGAUAAACACCCUCAAAAUUCAGAAACUAGAAACACAAAAUCUGAAAAAAGCGUUGGAAGAAAGAGAGGAUAGUCUUACGGAACAAUCACAGUCUCUUCAAGAUUUACAGAGAACGGCCGAUGAGUUGAUGCUCUUCAAAACUCAGUUCAUGGAAAGCACAGAGUUAGUUUCACAGCUACAGAGUCAAAUGCAGAUGUUGUCCUCUGACAAUUCCAACCAGAAAAAGUCAGCUGAAGAAACACACAGUGCCUUCAUUAACCUGCAAGAAAAAUAUGCUGCUAAUUUGGAGAAUUUGCAGGAUAUGAGAAAACAACUGACCCAAAGGACUGAUGAAGUGUUGACUCUUAAGACCCUAUCAGAUGAACAUGAUACAGCAAAGACCACAAUAGAAACUUUGAGAGAUGAGCUGUCUUCAAUCCAAAAAAAACUUGAAAAGACACAGAACCUGAAUUCCAAGCUGUCAAAAGAAAAGGAUAAAGCAGUUGCCGCUAAUCAAGCAAGGGUCUCAGUAUUGACAGUUGAAAUAGAAAGACUAAAAGCUCAACAUCUUCAAGUUGUGGCGCAAAUGACUGCAUUGACAGAAAAUCUGGAGCAGAGAGAAAUGGCUCUACAUGCAAUUAACAAUCAGUACACAGCCCAAGCCAAACAUAAAUCACACCUGAUUUCUGAAAUACAGAAACUAGAAUUGCAAAAUAAGAAACUUAAUGAAACAAUUAGUUUGUCAAAGGAGGAGCACCAGAGGUCUCUCACAGCUGCCAACAAUGAAAAUGUACGCUUAGUUGAGGAUAUUAGAGAACACCUUGCAGAGAAGGAAGAGCUGGAGAGGCGGCACCAUCAAAUUUGGGAAUCCCAAGGGGAGCUCCAGGUUCAGUUGAAGCAGCAGUCCAGCAGCAUGAGUGAAACCAUCCAGCAAUUGUUGUACGACAAGGAGAGUCUUCAAACAAAGGUUAGUGCCCAAGAUGAGGAAAUUUCUCGAUUAACAGAUAAGAUUCAUAAGAUAGAGCAAAUAUUGCAAGACACUGAAAAAGAAUGGCUGCUAGUUCUAGAUAGAGAGAAACAGGAUAAGAAGCUACUUGUUGAACAAUUGAGUAAUGUUGAAAAUGAAAUUAUAUAUAAAGAUGUUAAGGUAAAUGCUUUGAAACAGGACCUGGACAGUUUGCAAGACAAACUGGCUGAAGCAUUCUCUUCUAUUAAAAAAGAUUCUGAUCUGCUCUGUGCAAAAGAGUUCGAGGCAUCAACAUCUAGGAUACAGCUUGAAAAUAUCCUGGCAUUAGUCAAGGAAAAGGAUAAUGAGAAUAAUAAUUUGCAACAGACUCUUAAGGGUAUGGAACACGAAUUAGAACAACUUGUAGUAAAAUUCAGUGGUGCUGACGCUGUCUUGUCGCCAGUCGCUGCGUUACAUCAGGACAGAUCACAUUUGCAUCAAAUGAUAAAACAAGUUGAAGAAAGUCAUCACUCUGAGGUAGAUGCUUUGAAAAAUAAAUGUGAUAAAACUAAAGCAGAUUUUAAAAAAAUGCAAAAUGCAUUUGAUAAAGAAAAGAAGAGUAAUUUUGAAAAAAGUCAAGAAAUUACAGUUUUACUGGAGAGAAUUGAGAAUUUACAAACUCAGUGGACAAUUGAGGCAGAAAAAGUGACAGAAGCUUCUCUCAAACACUCAUCUUUACAUUGUGAAAUUCAGACAAAAGAUGAUCAAAUUAACUCCAUGACCAUUCAGAUUAUUCAGCAAAAUGAAUUACUUGUUGGGCUUAGUCAGCAGUUAAAAGAAAAGGAUGCAUCCAUUUCCCAAGUCAUGCAGUCUGCCUUAAAUGAAAGAGUGAAACUUGGUGAGGAAAACGCCUAUCUAUCAAAACAACUAGCGGUCAUACAACAAGAUUACGACACAUCUACUAAGCAGUAUGAGGAGAUUUCUCUGCAGCGAGAAGAACGUCGUUUGUGUUCCCUAAGGGAGAAUGAUAUCAAGACUUCAGAAAAGCUUAAGCUGCUAAAAGAAAACAAUGACCUAAAAUGUGAGAUAGCAAGGAUAUCCCAAGAAAAACAAAUACUGAAGAAAAAAGUUAAAGCUUCUCUCCUUAUUGGAAAGGAUCUGUUGAAAGAAAAUGAAUGUUUACAAGACAAACUAGUGGAACCAACACAAGCUCAGUCCACAGCAAAAGUGUACGAAGAAAGGAUUUCUCUCCUUGAAAAGGAAUGCCUUGAUAAAAUAAGCGAGAUUCAUGAUCAUAAAAUGCGAACUGAAAAACAAUUGGAAUCCGAAAAAAAGGUUUUGCAGUCGAUAAUAAGGGGGAAAAAAAUUUGCGUCGAUGACGCGUUUCAAAAACUAACGCAAAAAGAGAUUCUGAAGAAAACUGAAGAAAAUGAAGAACAAUUAACCAAAGAAUUAAGUGAACUAAAAAAUGACUAUAAGGCACUCUUGGAGCAACACUUUAAGCAGACAAAUGAGCUCAAUGCCAUCCAGUUAACAUAUAAUGAGAAUCUUGGGGAAGUGGAGCGACUCCAGAGGACCUCAUUGUCUGAUUUAGAUGAACUGAAAACUUUAAGACCGCUUGUUCAGGAGAGGGAUGAAACUUUGCAAGAUUUAAAGAGUUCUCUGGCAGAGAGAGAGAGAGAGUGCUAUUCCCUGUCAAAUUUGCACACACAAUUGGAAAUUAAAGACAAGGCUUUCAUCAUAAUGGAGAAAAAAGCAGAAACUUUGGCCGCAAAUCUCCAAGUAGUUGAAAGUGACUUGGAGAGAGCUCAAAGGGAAGUAAAAGAACAGACAGAAAUGGUUGAGAAAUACCAAGAAAGGUUUAAAGUUGAAGUUAUGUUCCAACAGGAGAAGCAAGAUCAGCUUAAAACAAAUGAUGCAAAGUAUCAGGGCUUAAUGGAAAAAAGUAAGACUCUUUUGGAUCAAGUGUUAAGUAUCCAGAAAAUAUUGUCAGAGGCACAGCAACGGCUGUGCGAGAAAAAAUACAGUUUGACUAAGAUGCUUGAAAAAGUACAGUUGGACUCUACUGAAAUAGAAACAAAUGUGGUAUCGUUAAAGCAAGACAAUCCAAAUGCCUUGAGAAUCGUUGAUGAACUCAGGACUGAGUUAGUUGUGCUUCAUACACAACUAAACCAGUGCAAGCAUGUCAUAGAGCUGAUACAUGAAGAGACACCUGAAAGGUCCUUCAAGCAAGAACACGUAAAUGAAUCUGCGGUAAGCACUGCUUACAGAUGUGCUGAAGACAGUGAAGCAACUCAUAAACAUAAAGAUGAUAAGUCUGGGAUAUCAGAAAAGGAUGAACUCGUUGCUGCACUCCAACUGAAGUUACAGCAGGUAAGUACAAACCAUGAAAUUUGCAUUACGAGGAUGAAAAGAGAAAUUGACCAUCUUCAUAAAUCUCAAGAUUGUGGCAAAGUUAAUGAUCAGGAUAACCAUAAUAAAAUGACCCUUCUAAACAAGAAACUUCAAGCAGCUUUACUUUCAAGGAAAGAACUCUUGAAGGAAAAUGCUUCAUUGAAAGAGCAAGUUGGAAAUCUGUCAGCAAAAAUCAACGCUAAAGAGGCUGAAUGUCUUGCUCUGGAAUCCUCAUUUUCAAGACUGAAACAACAAAAUAUGGACCUGGAAAUCAAUGUGAAAUGUCUUAACACGGAUAAAGAGAAGCUUAGCUCUGAAGUUGCUCGUAUCCUUAAUGACAACUGUAAUCUAUCGGAUGCAUGUGAUAGCCUGAAGCAAACCAUAGAUAUCACCACCCAGCAGAAGCAAGCAUUUUCCUGCCAGCUGGAGUCUCUGAAAGAAAUUCAGACAGAGGAGCUGACCAAUUGGAAAUCAAGGCACACAGAACUUAAACAAGACUAUGAGACUCUUCUAAAAGCAUAUGAGAAUGUUGGCACUGAAAUGGACAAGAUGAGACAACUUUUGGAAGGAGCCAAAAGAGAUAGACAGGAAGCCCUCAGAAAAUUGCACAAAUAUGAGACUGAGAUGAAACAUCUGCAGGACCAAACAAGACAGGUGGAGGAUAAACAUGAAAGACUUGAAGAGAAAAUGCAGACUUUUUCAGAAGAAAAACUACACACAAUUGAGGAUCUGAAGCAACAAAAUGACUACAUUAAAAAAGAACUGUUUCAGAUCAAUGAAGCUCACGAGAUGGCAAUAUUUGAGCUGACUAACAAAAAUCAACACUGUGAGGCCCAAAUUCUACAACUGAAGUCGUCAUCAGAGGCCUGCAAAAAUAAGAUUACAGAUUUGCAGGUUGAAAACAAAGAACUGGCUGAGAAGCUUAAAGCUAGUCUUUCAUUAGAAAAACAGUACAUGGAAUCAAAAUCUUAUACAAAUAGCAUGCAGCUUAAACUUGAUGAGGCACUAUGUUUGAAUAAUUCACUGACUUCCCAAAUUGAGGUCCAGAAGACUGAAUUUAGUGCUCAACUUGAAAGCAAUAUUUUGCAGAAAGAAAAUAAAUCUCUUUGUGAAAGAAUUGAAAAGAUACACAAUUGUCACGAAAUGGAGCUGCAAAUGAAAGAUGAUGCCAUUAAUGAUCUUAAAGACAUUAUGAAUCGGCACACACAAGAAACCACUAGUCUCAAUGACGAGGUUAGAAUUUUAGAAGUUGAGAAGUGUCUUCUGCGAGAAGAGCUUGAAAAUGUUCAAAAGACUUCAGACAAAGUGAAAAAUGAAAAUGAGUACUUGGAAACUGUGAGCCUCAAACAUUCUAAAAGAAUUGAUGACCUUUCUGAAUCCAUCAGUGUUUUGCAAGCCCAAAACAUCCAGCUGUCUUCUCAGCUUGCAACUAGCAAGGAGCUGAAUGAAGCAGUUCGGCAAGAAAAAGAGGAUGGACAUCUUAGAUUAGUUCAUGACUUUGAGGAAAAGCACAAGGCUGUGCAGCGAGGCAAGGAGGGGUCCAAAAACAUCAAUAAAGAACUGCAAGAGCUUCUAAAAGAAAAGCAUCAACAAAUAAAUCAAUUGCAACAACACUGCAUUAAAUACCAAGAGCACAUAUUGCAUUUAGAGAGCUCUUUGAAAACCUCAGAGUUCACUUGUGAAAACUUGAAAAAAGAUUUAAAUAAAUGCUCUGACAAGAUCUCUGUUGUUGAAGAGCAAAACAAGCAAGUUGAAACCAAUUUGAUCACAUGCAAGACUCAUAUCGAGGAGACAAACCAGAAAAUCGGAAAACUUCAGUCAGAAAGAGACCACCUUAAACUAGUUCUAGAAAAUGUUAGGUCUGAAGAUUCCCUCAGAGAGAAAAACAAAUUAAAGGAACCUGCACUUGAGAAACAAUUAAUCUCAUUUAAGGAAGUUAUGUUGCAGAAACAGAUAGAUGAUCUAAAGAAUUUUAAUGAUAAUGAGAGUCGGAAAGUUACUCAACUAAAGCAACAAAUGGACUCCCAAGAAUUGAAGAUGAAUACUCUAAAGCGAGCGUUUCAGACUAAUGAAGCAAAGCUGUCUGCUGUAUCAUGCACUCCUCAAGGGGCAAAAGCUACAAAACUUUGGAAUGAUUUGUACCAAAAGGCCUUGCAGGACAAAGAUAACCAGCUCGUCGAACAUGAUUUUGCAACCAAAAGACUACUGGAGGAUAUACGAAUGAGUGAUAAAGAAGUAAAUGAACUCAAAAUAAUUAAGUCUAGACUGGAGAAGGCAUUAAACGAAUAUUCAGUUGCCUCUGCUGCUCAACAAAGGCAGCUCUUUGUUCUGAAUGCAAGCAACACGGAACUUGCUGAGACUGUAGAAGUUCUGACUCUGCAGGUAAAUGAACUCAUUGCUCAUAUUAAAAGAGUUGAACAAGAUAGAAAUACUCUGGAAAUACAAAUUGUUGACAAAGACGAAGAGAUUUCCCAUUUGCAUCUUCAUUCCAACCUGACAGAUAAGAUAAAUGCUGACUUGGACUCUGAGUUACUUCUUUUGCGGUCUGAAAAUGACAAGGUGCAGGCUGAAUGUGAGAACCAAAAGGGAAUUUCCCUUCAAUUGAAAACCCUUCUUAAAAGCAAAGAUGCCGAGAUUUCCUCUCUUUUGUCCUGUAGGGACGGCCAAAUUUCAGGGUAUCUUGAGCAACUUCAGGCUAAUUGUCACUCCCAAGAAGCUGUCUAUGAGGAUAGGUUAACAUCUUUACAAUACCAAAGGGAGAAGGCUGAUAAAGUGCUCAGAGAGCUUGAGGCCAAGGUCAGAAGUCUGCAAAUUAGCUUGGACAAAUCAGUCCAGGAAAAAGAGCAGUUGGCAGCUAAGUUGGAAGUUGUCUGGAAGUCAUUGGUGUCUUUAAAGAGUGAAAAAGAGCGACUGAUGUCAGAAUACAAAAUACCCGAGGCAAAGAGUAAUUUAGGCCUUAAAAGUAAAGGGGACUCUCCUGAUAACGAGGGUGGUCCAAACAGAGGCCUUAAACAUCAAAUUAGGAGAUUAUUAAAUCAGAUAGAUGACCUAAAUUCAGAGAACGCUAUGCUCAGGGCCCAACUUGUUCGUUACAGAGAGGAUUUAAAUCAAGUUUUAUCCCUAAAAGACAAUCAGUUGAAAGUUUUGCUAAAAAAGCAGGAGGAUGUUAUAAAAAAUCUUGAAAACCAAAAGACUGCAGCUCAAAAACAGCACACGGAGGCUCUGUCAGAGCUCCAAAAAGAAAUGGAGGGUAGCUGUACUCUGAAGGCAGAUAUUGCUAAAUUUACAGGACAGGUGACCAAAUUACAAAGUGAUAUAGUGAGUCAGAAGGCCAUAAAUGAGGGCAAAGUAAUUGCUGAUCUGCAACAAACUGUGGCGGCUAAGGUAGCUGAAUGUAUUGAUCUUCAGCAAAAACUUAUUUCUCGGAAAACCCAAAUUGAUGACUUAAAGAAACAAAUGGAGCUGCUUGAAAAUGAAACCGACAAAAAACUAGCUAAUGCAGAUGAUAAAUACAAUACUGAACUGGAUGCCUUUGAAUGUGAGGUAGCGCUAAUGAGGACUGAGCGAGAGAAUGCUGAGCAAAGGGUGACAGAAUUUGCAAAGGACCUACUGGAAAUGGAGCAACAGUUGUUGGAAGCCCAAGGGCAAAAUAAAGCCAUAAAGACUCAAAAUGAGUCCCUUUGUAAAUCCAUGGCGGCCUUGCAGAAUGACCGUGACCAGCUCAUUGAAGACUUUAAGGUCUUGCGAAACAGGUAUGAUGAAGAACUCAAAGAGACUCAGGCAGCUCUAAACAAAGUUGAGCGCAGUUUCCAGGAUGCUACAUCUGACGUGGCCAUGUUUACCAAAGAACGGGAGAUCCUUGUUCAUGAAUUAAGAGCUUUGCAGAGCAAAGAUACUCAAGCAGAGCUGAACAAGUUGUUGGGUGAGCUAACAAAAGCUUUGUCAGAAAAGGAAAAACAACUAAAACUUGUUUUCCUGGAAAAACACACCUUUAGCAGGCAGCUCUGUGCAUUCUCCAGAUCCAUGGCCAGCCUCCAAAAUGAUCGUGACAGGCUGGUUGAUGAGUUGGCAGGGGCCACAAAAGUGGUUGAGUCCACGCAAGGGUCAGGACUAAACACUAUCUGGACCAUGAGUGAGAAAAAGUCAAAAAGAAGUGCUUUCCGGAUUGAAAAACAUGGGGCGAUUAAUGAGCUGCAGCCUAGACUGACACCUGAGAAAGAAGCCAGCAGUUUGCCGAAAGAAACAACUAUUCAAAGGUCUGAAAGAGACACACAACCAGUCAAGGUAACAGUAAAUCUGUUAGGCCAGAGUGAAAUGGAGGAGGCGGUGAGUCGACUGGAGGGGGAGAGGAUCCAGCUUCACAGAGAGCUGCAGCAAUGCUUAUAUGACCUCCAGCAACGAGACCAGUACCUUCAGCAACUCAACUCAAAGCUACAGCAGGCGAUGGUGGAAAAAAGUGCUGUCACAGCCCAGCUGAGUGCCGUGUCCGAAAAUCUGAGGGACACCCAAAAUCAAUGCCACUGGCUGGAAACCCAAGGCCAGGCACAGGGGCCAGCAAUUGCAGAGGUGGCUCCCGGAGCACCUCAGGAGAGAAACAACACAGUCCUUGCUCAAACAAUUGAAGUCGGCCAGCUCCAAGAAAGACUACUUGAGGUAGAGCGGAGUCUGGCAGAUGAACGGUGCAGACGGGAGACUGCUGAAGAGGCUUUGCAUCUUGCUGAGGCCAGCACAAAGAGUCUGUCUCGAGAUAUUCGGAGAGACUUUAGCAGUAUCGAGAUGGAAGCGGAUGACGAUUGGGAAGCUGUGAGCCUCAACCCAAACCAGCCUCUGAUAACGCGGAAGGUGAAAGGUGGGAUGGUGGCAUGCAGACGUUGGUUCAGAGGAAGAAGUCUGUACUUUUCCCGGCUGCUGACGGGCCGCACACGCUCUCGUUACUUCUUUCUGGCCUACUUGGUCACAAUUCAUGUGUUUGUCCUAAUGUGCCUUAUUGGUGCCCUCUAAAAGGGAAUUUGACAAGUUGGACGUUGGUCCAAAGGUUCAAAUAAACGGCUGAGUAGUU